AUGGCUUCAGAUACAUGCAGUUAUGUCUGCGGGACGGAGAAGGCACCCGGAGAAUUCGAGCCUAAUCCCGACAUCACUGGUACAGGGGUACGGUUGAGCUACACAAUCACUGCUGGGCUCUCAGUGUUCAUUGUUUGCGCCUAUUAUGUUUCUACCUUUCGCCCUGAUGUGAGCCCUUUCCACCCUGAAGGGGAGCUUCUGCAUCAGGACGACGAUUUUCAACCAAAUCCUGUCGACACGCGAGUCCUGGGAUGGACGAAGAAACUAUGGAAUCUGGUUUACAAACCAAAGGCCGGGUCGAUGAAUCUCGGGCGAAACAAGCGAUUCAAAAGAGCUUUAGUUAAUUCUAUGCUCGUUAUGAGUGAUCUUCAACUCCUCGUCGGAUUGUCUUUGGUCUUUAGCGGUUACAUUCAACUUCGCUGCGGGCUCACGGCAUACCAUUGGCAGCAGCUACUUCACCUAGUAUGGCUCACUUCGGUCACACAUUUCUCCUGCUUGACCUUUCUUCGAGGCCAUCUUCAACAGCACCCUUUCAAGCGUACCUGGAGAUUGAUUCUCAUGACCACGCUAGUCAUUGCACUGGUAGUCGGCCUCUCUAGCACGAGCUACUACACGUUCACUAACACACUCAUCUCCUGGGAGGGCGAGAAUUACAGACCAGAGCCUUCAGACUACGCCAUCUGCUACAUGAACGGCGCAGAGAGAGUCGUGGUGUAUGACGGCGGAAAGAGUCGACAGUACAUGAUCUUCUCCAACGUGCUCAUUGUCUUCGGAUUGUUCGUCCGGCUUGUGCGAUCUUAUGAGUUUCCUGUAAUGUUUCUGUUGCAUAGGAGGCAGGAGUUGGGGGAUGCGCUGAAUCAGAUGCUACGAAAGAUGGCCAUGACUUGUGAUAGACAUAAGUUGCUUGCAGACUUUGCGGUGGCGUUUUUAUACAUCCCGUGUGCUUCAGUCAUUGUUUUGAUCAGUACGCUGCUCGACCUGGGUGUGUCGAUGUUAUUCGAAGUCUGGUGGCUCAUCGUCUGCUUUGUCUGGGGCUGCAUUCGACUCUGGGUCACUGGCCACGGAGGAGUGAAGGAUGGCCCGCAAGACUGGAGUUUCGGACAGACACUCCCACUGUUCCUCCUCGGUGCGCCCGUGUUCGCCAUGUUGGAGGGUUUCUUCUCAUCCGAGCGCGAUUCACAUCUAAACGUCCACCUAACAGUCCAAACGCAAGCACAAGACCAGGCCCAAAGCAAACCCUCAACGCCAGCCGCCCCCUCCCUCCCACCAUCCCCAACCUCCAACCCACCCUCGAUCCCCUCAACAGCGACCCUCCCCCUCCCCGUUUCCACCUCCUCAACCACAGCCCCAAGCUCCCCAAAACGCGCCGCAACAUCGCACAUCCCGUCCUCCCUGCCGCGGACGCCCGACCUCAACAUCCACACCGCAUUCUGGGUGACGCCCUACACCAUCAUCCUCCUCAUCUGGCUCGCCAACCUCAGCGCCUCCACCCUGACCGCCCUCUUCGUCUCCUGGGUCGUCGUCCGCGUCUUCUACCCCUUCGGCUUCGCAAUGGGAAGCCUCUACUUCGUCAUCGUGUUCUCCCUGCUCGUCGACCGCGUGCUAUCCCGCCCUGCAUCUUCAACCCCUUCCCCCUCUCCACCCUCCCCCACACUUCCACCAAAUUCCACAACAACAACAACACAGCCACAGCAAUCGACAGCAGCAGCCCUCUCCCCCAAACGCCGCCGCGCCCUCCGCGCCAUAACCUUCGUAAUCAACUUCCUAAUGGCGCUCGCCCUGCAGUGCACGGUGUGGUUCGAGGAGGGGAGGAACGGCAUUCGCAACGGGACGGCGUACCGCGCGCUGUUGAUUGCGUAUGCGGGCGUCUAUGUGCUUGUGUGUUUUGCGGAUAUGGCGGUGAGGAAGUUCUGGGGGAAGAGGAAGAGUAGGGGGGCGGGUGUGAAGGGGGGCUAG